GAGAGCCGUUCGUCAGUUCGCUCUUACUUUGGGUUCAGUGGGUGACAUCUUGAGGUGGUGAUUUCUUCGGGGGAACUUUCUCUAGCUUCUCGUGCACUUUCGUCUGGAUAAGUGCUCCAGCACAAGUGGAGAUUUUGAGAAGAUCCCAACUGGACAUUGCCAUUGAUUAAAGUUGAUUAUACAAGUGCAAAUUAGACCUCCAUCAUGCCUAGCAUUCACGCCUGUAAAGCCAUGACCGACCAUUUCGAUGGGAUCGAUAGAAUGGUCAAGGAAGCCCCUCGCAUUGAAGGCGCCCCCAACUUUAGGCGGCUACCUGGAUUCCCUGUUUUUGGCACUGGACAAACGACUGUGGAGGGUUAUGCCAAAUGUUUGGAACCCAUCAUGAAGAAAUAUGGUGAUGAAAAGGAUGUGUUUUGGGUUAAUCUUCGCCAAGAGCCCGUGUUCUAUGUCAACGGCAAGCCGUACACUCCUCGAGAUCCUGAGAGGCUCAAUUAUCAUUUGGAAGUGAUGAAUCCUGAAGAUUCUGAAAAAAUGGAAGUAGCCUUUGUGAAAGAGGUUAAGACCCGGGGUCUUGACUUCAAGUACUACAAGGAUCAAUAUGGAGAGCAUCCUGACGAGCGAGCCGUUAAAAACGAGGAAGUCGUGGAAAAAAUAGAGAGCGUUCUCACUCUCGAAGAUGUGAUCAAACAACUCAAGGAAAAGAACCCCACGAUCAAGACCGUCCGAAUCCCCAUGAACCAAGAGAAAGCUCCCGCCGAGGAAUGCUUUGACGAGAUCGUGAGUCUGCUCAAGAAUAGCUCGGCCUCCACUCCGAUCCUGUUCAAUUGCCAAGCCGGAAUUUCCCGCACCACGACGGGCAUGAUCAUUGCCGCCAUCAUUAAAGAAUUCCAAUUGUCUUCCGAAUUGGACCAAAUGAAAGGCAUCGUGCCCGAUGAUAUCUUGGACGCCCUCAAGAAGAAGAAACUGGGUCUGCCCGGAUUCGACGCAGACGCUCUCACCGAGAAGAACGCCAUGUUGGCCGGGGAUUUCGAAGUCAUCCUUGAGCUGAUUGCGGCCGAACCGCAAGCCAAGAUGGCCAAGGCACAAGUAGACAAGCUCGUCAACAUGGCUGCGCCUCCACCAAAAGGCACGGGCGUGCACAACCUCCGUGAGGCCAUCAUUGAGCACAAGAUGACCUUCGACGUGGCCUCCGAUGAUUGGCAGGAGUUCCUCAAGAACAAAAUCAUGAGCAACAUUGAGCGCUACUUCUACUUGAUCGUGUUCUCCAUGUACGUGCGAGAACAGGGAAGCCAAGGCUUCCCCGUGACCUUCAAACAAUGGAUGGAUGAGCGAUCCAACCUGAGAACCAUGAUUGCCGAGGGUCGCAGCAAACUCGAAUGGGAACGCAAGAUCCCCGACGACAAAUUGGUCAACCUCAAGGAAAUGCUCGACACCUCGGACUUCAAAACGAAUCUCCCGAAAGUGAUCAAGCGCAUCUAUGAGCUGGCCUGGCAGCAGUUCUCCGAUCUGCCCCGAGGCCACCACAAGAACAACUCGAUGCACAAGCUCGCCUCGAAAACUAUGAUCGAGAUUCUCCCCGAGAAGUUGAUCAAUUACAUUGAAGAGCGCUGCGGCAGUCUCGCCACCACCCCCGACUUUUUUGAUGUCAUCGGUCAGGUGAGUUGGUAUCAGGAGGACGGUUCGGGGAUUUUGCCCAUGCACAGACCCGCCGAAGCCCCACAAGAAGCCGCCGCUGUCGCCUCUCCCGCCAUGGAUGCACCCACUCUCGACCCCAUCGCCGACGAGGCUCCGGCUGAAGCCCCAGCUGAAGGGGCUUCCUCACCCGCCUCCGAGGAGACCGCAGCUCCUGCCGAAUAACCGCUCUUGAUGCCAUCCGAUUUGUUGUAACUGCCCUAACCUGAUCAUUUAUCAAUAUAUUCUUAAACUAA